AGUACACUGACACACAACACACACAUUAAUGGGGUUUGAAGUUAUUCUUGCAGCUGUGUGGUUUUUCGCCCUGUGGUUAUGGCGGAACAAGAAGCGUAUAGCAUGGAACUGGCCGCUGAUCGGAAUGCUGCCGGCGCUCCUCCACCACGUCGGCCGUAUCCACGACGGCUGCACGGAGAUUCUCCGGCGUACCCGCCGCGGCACCUUCCACUUCAAGGGGCCCUGGUUUUCCGGCAUGGAGAUUCUCGGCACAGUCAACCCAGCCAACGUGCACUACAUCAUGAGCGCCAACUUCCAUAACUUCCCGAAAGGCCCCAAAUUCCGGGAGAUCUUCGACGUUCUCGGCGAUGGAAUAUUCAACUCCGACGCCGACUCGUGGCGGCACCAGCGCCGUGCCGCCAGGGGUUUUCUCAGCCACCGCCGCUUCCACCGCUUUCUGGUGAAAAUCAGCCGCGACAAGGUGGCGUACGGGCUUGUCCCGGUUCUUGAAAUGGCGUCGAAAGAAAACUGGGUUUUGGAUUUGCAGGAUAUUUUCCAACGGCUGACAUUCGAUACGACUUGUGCUUUAGUUACGGGUUUCGAUCCAGGCUGUCUCUCCGUCGAUUUGCCGGAGGUUCCUUUUUCGAAAGCGAUGGAUGACGUGGAGGAAGCUAUUUUCUUGAGACACGUGCUCCCUGAAAAAAUAUGGAAGAUGCUGAGGUGGCUUAGAGUUGGUUCCGAGAGAAAAAUGAGUGACGGUUCGAAGAUUCUCGAUGAUGUCAUCGGGAAAUACAUCUCGAAGAAACGCGAUGAACUGAGAGACGGAAAUAAGAAGAAAUUCAUAGAAGAUGAAAAUGAAGAUGGUGAUGGUGAUGAUUUGCUAACAAGUUACAUCAACGGUGGAGAUUCGAUCUCCCAAACCCUAGAUCCGAUCCAAACCGCUGACGAGGAUAAGUUCUUGAGAGACACAAUCUUGAAUCUCAUGAUUGCCGGGCGCGACACUACUAGCUCGGCUCUAACAUGGUUCACGUGGCUCGUUUCGACUCAUCAAGAAGUCGAGAGGAAGAUUCUAGAAGAGCUGAAAUCGGUUAUUAGUGAUCAAGAUCCGUCAGAGGGCGAAUUUCCGAGGGUUUUCAAGGUCGAAGAGAUCACAAACAAAGCGGUUUACUUGCAUGGUGCACUCUGUGAGGCGUUGAGACUGUAUCCGCCGGUGCCCUUCCAGCACAAGGAACCGAAUCAACCGGAUAUACUACCGAGCGGGCACUACGUGCACCCGGAGAUGAAGGUGAUGUUCUUUUUGUACGCGAUGGGGAGAAUGGAGUCGGUUUGGGGGAAAGAUUGCUUGGAGUUCAAGCCGGAGAGGUGGAUUACCGAGCGCGGCUCGAUUAAGCACGAGCCGUCGUACAAGUUCCUAGCGUUCAAUGCGGGGCCGAGGACUUGUUUGGGGAAGGAAGUGGCGUUCGUUCAAAUGAAAAUGGUGGCGGCAACUAUCAUUUACAAUUAUCGGGUUCGAGUCGUUGACGGGCAUCGGGUGGAGCCGAAUUGUUCGGUGAUUCUAUAUAUGAGGGAUGGAUUGAAGGUUAGGGUUUCUAAGAGAAUGGCUUAGUGUUUGAAAGAUGGAAAUUUAAUUUAUGGGGUUUUUUUUUUCUUUUUUCAUUUUUAAUGUUUUUCAUUAGUUAUUUCUCGUUUUAUUUUAUAUAUGUAUGGGGAACUAAGUUGUAAUUGUUUAUGUUUGAAUUUUGAUCAAGAAUGCCGAGUUUA